AUGUUAACACUUCGAUUUCACACUCCAUCUCGGGUAACCAUUAUACUAAAUGCAUCUGUUAAUAGCACAUUUCAAGAAAUAUCGGCGUUAUUGGCAUCAAAAUUUAAUAUCGAUCCAAAAUUUAUUGAAAUACAGUAUAAUUUUGUAACAGUUAAUGAAAAAACAUUAGUAAAAAACAUCCCAUAUUAUAAUGGGGGCAUGUUUUUGAUCAAAUUCACUCAACCUUUAACAACUAUUUUCAAUUUUAAUAGUAGGUACACAAUUACCAAGAAUGAUUUAAGAAGAAAGCUUCCUUAUCUACUUACUAUCAAUCAGAAUAAGAUUGACUGUCUCACAGCCAUGCUUUUUACAAAAGGAAGUUUAUACGCAGCUAGUGAGAUACUUUUAGACAAAAGCAUUGACUUAAUUAAGACAUUUGAAGACAGCAAGCUAAAUAAAGCUCUUGUUAAUUUAGCAAAUGAAAUUCCGAUGUACAUUAGUUUACCAAAAGAAAAGAUACAACCAGCAAAAUACGAUAUAAGCGAAAUGCAUAAGUUUUUAACUCAUGAUCAUCCACCACAAAGCUCUAAUAAAUAUGAACCCGAAGAAAAAAAUUUGGUUACACAAGUAUCAAUACCUCGGCAGCAAGAUAAUCAAACACAAAACGACGACCAAUCAACAGAUGAUUGUAGCAAUGAUAUUGAAGACGAUUGUCAAGAACAAAAAACAAUUGACAUUAAUUCAAUAGAACCUCAACCUAUACCAGAAAAAACACCAGAAACAACAGAGUUACAGUCAUUGCAGAUUGAACCCAAUCAACCAUCUAAUUUUGAUGCUGAUAUGUGGCAACAAUAUCUUAAUAACAUUAAAGAUGAUUUAUUCUUCGAUUCUCAAUCAAUAGUAAUGGGACAAGUAGAUCCGAACCCUGAAUAUACCGAACAAUCAAUAAAUGAGCAAAUACAAGCUUAUGAAUCUACUUCAACAGAUUCUGAGCCACCAAAACCAACUCCUCCAUCACCAGAGGCUAAAACUCCUAGGAAAAAACGAAAAGCAGAUAUUCAGCCUUUGCCGGAUGAUGUUACUGUUUAUAAGGUAAAUAUCAGAGUCAAAGAAGCUUUAUUGGAUAAUGACUUUUAG